UCAAUUCUGUUUUAUUCAGAAUACAAAACUUGUUAGAAAAUAAAGCAAUAAUUCACAGCAAUUUACAGGAGAUGACACGCUCAUACUUGCUGUGAAUUUGUUCUCCAAUUCUUAUUCUAGUAACAUCUGUUGACAGAUUUCAUAAGUUAGAUGUUGGCAUCUGCGUUAAUGUAUGACACACCAACAAUACCAAGCUCUCUCUAACUUUAUCAGGUUAAAAAAACCUUAAAGCAUGUGACCUAAAUAAUUAAGCGAGCUCUGUUAGCUUGCAUAUAAAGAACUUUUUUUCCCCGAAAGCUUAAUAUUUUAACAAUCUGUUUCAAGCUUGCUUUGCACCACUAACAAUUGAACUGCCGCUGAUGGAAAACUGAAUCGAUAUGGCACAUUUAAGUUGUCGAAUGUUGCUUGCGUUAAUCUGAAACAUGGGGACACUGCUGUCGUUAGGUGCUAUAGAUUACUCUGUGAAUUGCUGCACAGUCUACAAUAUGGCAGUAACACGACAAAACUCAAGUUCCAUUCCUUCGGAACACGCCAUGAUUCAACACUUGAUGCAGAUUUAAUACCUGACGAUGGUUUGCGGCAGUUUUGUCCAGGACGAAGUUUGGAAUAAUUAUGUUUACAUUUCACAAAAGCAAAUUAAGAUUAAGACUAAAUUCUCACUGCAAUGUUUUGAUGUGAGAUGAUCGCUUCAACGGAGUUACGAUGGCUGCAUGAUUUUCCACGCCCCUUAUUCAAAUUAUUUAGGGAACUACUUCUUCAGCUUCAAAACGUGUUCCCCUACAAUUUUUACACCUAAUCGGCAUGCUUGGAAGAGGCAUAAAUCGAACGCUCUCACGACAAAGAACUCUUUAAUUUGUUCCAGCAUGGGGCAAAUAUUCAGAAUUCCGCUUCAGCUGGGUUACUCGUUUGGAGUCCAGUCCGUAUGCCUAAAUGUCAUCUUUCUUGGUCUAACAACAAAAAAGGAAAAUGAGAUUCCGAUCCAGCUCGCUGUAUGAGCAGUAUAUUCUGCACGAGACGUUAAGCACCAUGUUUGUACAUGGUGUCCGCACCCUCCACGGAAAUCCAUCUGUGUCCGUUCCGCCAACUUUCAGCACCAUGGAGAGUAACAAGCGCCUCAUGCAGAUCAUCAAAGACAUGCGUUCUGACAUGAAGAAACUGGAGUCAGAAAACAAGGCCCUACGGGUGAGGUUAAGUCAGUCUGGGAAAAGAGCAGAAAUAUUGGAAAAAACAACCAUUACCGCUCUCCAACAGCAGCUAAAAACCGAGGAUGCAUUAGCGCACGUUAACUUGCGCAGGAAUAUCUCCGCCCCCGCGCUGGAAAGAGAAACGAGAGAUAAUGCAAUGACGGUGAGACGUUACUCCAUAUCAUCUUUACAUGCCUUCAAUGUGGGUAAUAAACAUCAGAAAUCUCUGGGUCAAAAUCCAACCUCGCAAACAAGUGAACAAGAAGAACGAGGAACAGUGGCACCCACAAUGAAACCCACUAAAAGCCAAAGAACGCUCGCUCAAUUUCCAGACCCUAAGACUUCUGCUGAAAACUAUUCACAAAGAGCAACCUUACAAGAAUAUGUCAAUAAAUGCAAAUUUAAAGUGAAGUCCGUAACAUUUCUUUUGCCUGUGGAUGCUGCAUCUCGUUCAGAAAGACAAGAGUCUUCCCAGCAACCAGAGAAUCAGAAAAGUAAUCAACUAUCUCCUAUUCUGGAAAAUGAUUCCUAAGUGUUUACUUUAUACUUUAAGAAAUGUAUAUACAUUUCCAUCAAAUUUCUAAAUUCUUCCAUGCAAGGUUCCCCCUGACCCACAUCUUGCAGUUACAAUGAUGGGAAAACUGACACCAUUCACUGUCAUUAAUCUAUGAAACUGAUAAGUGGAAUCUGUGCAUGCAGAAAUCCAGAAGUUAUUAAUCAUACCCUGCUCCUGCACUGGGUGCUUGUUGAAAUCUUCACAUGAAAAUCAUUGGGAUGUCACUGAUUUGAUGUGAACUUCCACUUUUUAGAUUAUUAGCCCUAAUGGAACAACACUGAAUAAGUUAACAUUUGUGAAAUAAAGUACAGUUGGGUUUUUGGAGACAUGUUAAGUCAUAAUUACUUCUGGACAACUUAUCUGGCCCUGGAAAAAUAACUUUGUAUUUGUGGAAUGUUGGAAU